AUGGCCAAGCUCGAACCCAGGACUCGAACAGUACUCGAACCAUUCGCAGACUUCAAUGUCUCCAACUCCUCAGCCUCAAACUCUCCCAUUCGAUCUCUCGCAAUCUCCACAAUAUCCGAUUCUGAAUACCUAAUUUACCUCGGCACCAACUCGGAUUCAAUUCAGGUGAUCAGUCAUAUUGGGACAGUGCUAGUGGUUACUGAUGGGUCUAUGUUUUUGGUUGACUCACUUUUACUACAACCAGUGAAGAAGUUGAGUUCUGUUAGAGGAGUUAGUGUUGUUGCUAGGAGAUUUCGGAGUGGCGAAUCGGUGGUCAGAAAUGGAGGUAAUGGUGUCAGUUCAGCGUCGGAGGUUUCGGGUCAGCGAUUUUUGGAUAAAUUUGGAAGUGGGAUUAGAUCAAAUGGUGUAAAGGUCAACCAAUCAGAAUCAUCGGAGUUGUUAAUUAGAGAUGAUAAUUGUGUUUUCGCUGUUGUUGUUGGGAAAAAAAUCCUGCUGCUGGAGGUUGUUUUGGAUGUUGGUGUUGGAAGGAUUGAUCGAAAUCGUGAUAACAUUGGUGGGACUAUUGUCAUUUUGAAGGAAAUUCCUUGUGUGGAAGGGGUCAAGACCAUGGUUUGGAUUGAUGAUUCUAUAAUAGUUGGUAGCUUUAUUGGGUAUAGUUUGUAUUCGUGUGUUACGGGGCAAAGUGGUUUGAUAUUUUCUCUGCCGGAUUUGUCCAGCCCCCCAAGGCUGAAGUUGUUGUUGAAAGAAUAUAAUGUUCUUUUGUUAGUUGAUAACGUGGGAGUUAUCGUUAAUGCAGAGGGGCAACCAGUGGGUGGGAGCUUGGUGUUCCGUCGUGCUCCGGAUUCUGUGGCGGAGAUAGGUUCCAGUGUGGUGGUUGUGAGGAAUGGGAAUAUUGAGUUGUAUCACAAGAAAUCAGGGAACUGUAUUCAAAUGGUUUCUUUUGCCGGGGAAGGAGUAGGUUCGUGUAUUGUAAGAGAUGAGGAAGAUGGGAAUGGGAAACUUGUUGCAGUGGCAACACCAACCAAGGUUAUUUGCUAUCGGAAAGUACCGUCAGAGGAACAAAUUAAAUACCUGUUGCGAAAGAAGAGCUUUAAGGAGGCCAUCUCAUUGGUUGAGGAACUUCAAAGUGAAGGUGAACUGACAAAAGAAAUGCUUUCCUUUGUCCAUGCGCAAGUGGGAUUUCUCUUGUUGUUUGACAUGCAUUUUAAGGAAGCAGUAGAUCACUUCAUGCUGUCAGAAACUAUGCAGCCUUCUGAAGUUUUCCCAUUCAUCACGCGAGACCCAAAUCGUUGGUCGCUUAUGGUUCCAAGAAACCGUUACUGGGGUUUGCAUCCUCCCCCCGAACCUCUUGAAAAAGUUGUAGACGAUGGGUUGGUUUCUAUUCAAAGAGCUGCUUUUCUUAAAAAAGCUGGAGUAGAGACUGCAGUGGAUGAUGAGUUUCUCUUGAAUCCACCGAGUAGAGCUGAUUUAUUGGAGUCAGCGAUCAAAAAUAUCAUCAGGUAUCUACAAGCCUCUCGUGAAAAAGAUUUGAAUCCUUCUGUGAGAGAGGGAGUUGACACUCUGUUGAUGUACCUAUAUAGAGCCCUAAAUUGUGUGGAUGACAUGGAAAGACUUGCAUCUUCAGAGAACCAUUGCAUAGUGGAGGAGUUAGAAACUUUACUGAAUGAUUCUGGGCACUUAAGGACGCUAGCCUUCCUUUAUGCAAGUAAAGGGAUGAGUUCUAAGGCUGUUGCCAUCUGGCGUCUUUUGGCCAGAAACUAUUCAUUGGGCUAUUGGAAAAAUCCUGCUGGGGAGAAUGACUCACAUGAUGCCUCCAUAAAUGGUAUCUCUGUUAAGGAAGCUGCUGCAAGUGAGGCUUCAAGGAUUCUUGAGGAGUCAUCUGAUCAAGAUUUGGUGCUGCAACAUCUUGGAUGGAUUGCAGAUAUCAACCAGAUUCUCGCUGUUCAAGUUUUGACAUCAGAGAAAAGAUACAAUCUGUUGUCUCCAGAUGACGUAAUUGCUGCAAUUGAUCCAAAAAAGGUGGAAAUCCUUCAAAGAUAUCUGCAAUGGUUGAUUGAGGAUCAAGACUCUGAUGAUACACUGUUCCAUACAACAUAUGCUCUCUUGCUUGCCAAAUCAUCCCUUGAAACUUCUGAAACAAAAGGUGCCUCUCAAAAAUCUGAAGGCCAUUUUCUAGAUGGGAAGGAUAUUUCAGAUUCUAGAAGGGAUUCAAUCUUUCAAAGUCUUGUUAGAGAAAGAUUGCAGAUUUUUUUGCAGUCUUCAGACUUGUAUGAUCCAGAGGAGGUCCUUGACCUGAUUGAAGGAUCAGAACUGUGGUUGGAAAAGGCUAUUCUUUACAGGAAACUAGGACAAGAGACACUAGUACUCCAAAUCUUGGCACUGAAGCUGGAGGAUAGUGAGGCUGCUGAACAAUAUUGUGCAGAGAUUGGUAGACCAGAUGUCUAUAUGCAGUUGCUUGAAAUGUACUUGGAUCCGAAGGAUGGCAAGGAGCCCAUGUUUAAAGCUGCAGUUCGCCUUCUUCACAAUCAUGGAGAAUCCCUGGAUCCUUUGCAAGUUCUUGAGAGAUUGUCCCCAGAUAUGCCCCUCCAACUUGCUUCAGAUACAAUACUAAGGAUGUUGAGAGCUCGUCUCCAUCAUCAUCGUCAAGGACAAAUUGUGCAUAAUUUAUUUCGCGCUGUAGACAUUGAUUCAAGCUUGGCAAGAUUUGAGGAAAGGUCGCGGCAUGUGCAAAUCAAUGAUGAGAGCCUUUGUGAUUCCUGUCAUUCUCGGCUUGGAACAAAACUAUUUGCAAUGUACCCAGACGAUACCAUAGUUUGUUACAAGUGUUUCCGUCGUCAGGGUGAGUCGACUUCCGUCACUGGUCGUGACUUCAAGCAAGAUAUAAUGUUUAAGCCGGGUUGGUUGGUUACACGGUGA